CAAAAAUCAAUUGACAAUCAAUAAAAUCAAAAGGCAAGGGAUAAUUUUUGUCAAAGUAAAUUUUUAAUUUGAAAUAUUAUAUUUGCUGCCGAAAGGAGAAAUUUAUACAUGAGUUAAACGGCGGAAAGAAUAUAAAUGCAGCAUUAGAAAAUUACGAUUUGACAACAAAUUAAUAUGGAUAACACAUCAUCAAUUUUCAUUCAACAAUCACCAAAUUUCCAGUUUCUUUCUGUUUGUCACUACAUUACUAUUUUUGGACUAUAUUUUUACAAUGAGGAUUUAAUUACACUUGAUAAACGAAAUCAAUCUGUACCCGUUUUAAAUACUUUGUUUGAAUAUCUCAAUAAAUCGACAAAUGAAUCCGAGGCUAAAUUUUAUCUUCUAAAAAAAGUAUUAAAAGGAAGUGAUCUCUACGGUGGUGGAGAAAAUGAAACACUUGACAUGAAAUAUGUUGAUGAAACAUAUCAGUACAUCAUUAGUAAGGCUCUAUUUUCUCACUAUGGUAACAUUAAUGGAUAUUUGGCUAAAAUCAUCAACGUGGUGGAUGAUAUAAAUUACUCGGUUUUUAAGGGGAAGGUGUUUCAGCAUCUUUCGGAAAAUUAUACAAGUAGGGAAUAUUGUUUCAAUGGUAUUCCGUUAGGGAAUUAUGGUACCAAUGAAAUUCGAUUAGGAAAUUAUAGUUCUAUUAAUAUUCCGUUGGGAAAUUAUAGUUCCAUUAAUAUUCCGUUAGGUAAUUACAGUUCCUUUAAUACUCCUUUAGGGAAUUAUAGUUCAAUUAAUAUUUUGUCAAGAAAUUAUAGUUCCAAUAACAUUCCACCAGCAAAUUACAAUUCCAAACUUAAUGGAUUGACAAUACAAAAAGUUUUCGAUAAUCACAUUUGGCCAAUUUUUCCCCAACCUGAACAAGACAUGAGCAUAAUGGAUCUAAAUUAUAUAUACGCAAUGGUUGGUUUAAAAAUUAUCAAAUCUGUAUCAUCAACAUCUCCGAAUCUUACCUUCCAGGAAUAUAUUUUAAUAUCCCGCGAGAUUGAUUUACAAGAUUUCAGCAACGAAACCUACGAAAUGGUACUAAACUUAUUCUCAACUCCAGCAUUAUUUUUCUACGCCUACAAUCAGAAGGCUAAAUUCCAAAAAAUAGAUGUUUUUAACCUAACUGAUAAAUUUUGGAUCGAAGCUUAUGAAAAUUUAUUCACCCACAUUAGUUUCACUAUGAAACAAAUUGUAACAAAGAAAAUAGAAAAUAGUCUUCACUACAAACUUGAAAAUGAAAUGAAUACUCUAAAAAGUCGAACAAUUAUUGCUGCAAAUAUACUUAGAUUAUAUUGUGAUUAUGAAAAUAUUGGACAAGUAUCUCCAGUUUAUUUGGAAAUUUAUAAAACCUGCUAUCAUUGGAUGACAAAAUCUAUCCUUCCCGAACAGUGUUAUACAAAUUUACUUCCCGAUUUAGAAAAGGAAUACGAAGAUCAAUUUAGUGAGAUUGAGGAGAUUUACAACGAAAUUGAAAGAAAUGGAAUUGAAAAAGUAUUAGUUGAUAGUAAAUUAGUGGAGGAAAUUACAUUAAAUUCCACUGUUAUGUUUGCACGAAUUCCCGAUUAUCAGCAGGGUUGCAAUUUAUGUUCACCAAUUCCACGAAAGGCAAACAAUGAUAUAUAUCUUAUGUUCGCUGUAGAAAAAGAAAAAUCCGAAUUUUACGCUUUGAGACAGGAGAAUAAUACUCUUUCUUUAUUAACAAACAGAGGAAACGAACAAAAUUUUGCUAAAGCAGUUGCUAAUGAUUCUUCUCUAAAGAUGGAAAUUGCAGUAUUUUCCCGAACUCUCAAAUACCGUAAUGAAGAUUACAGAGAAUUUAUUGCAAGAGUUGCGGAAAUAAAAACAAAACAAUUUUUAGAUAAUCUGAAAAAGUACUAUUAUGACGAAACAAUUGGGGAGAAAUUUCUAAAUUUUGUAAAAUCUCUAAUUCCAUUUUACAGUUGCAUUGAAAGUGGAAAAGCUGGCAAAAUGGCCGAAUCCGCAUUUAGUUGUACAAUGGAUGUUCUUAGUCUAAUUCCAUUUGCUGGUUUUGCUGCAAAAUAUACAGCUAGGCUCACCAAUAGUUUCGCAGUGGAAAUUGGUAACAAAUAUCUAAUCACUAAUACUUUGGCAAGAACAGGAAUUACCAAAUUACCAAUAAUUACAGUUUUGAAUCAAAUUUCCCAAACUGCUGGUAAAACAAUUGCAAAGGAAAUUCUAACUCGAAGUCUUUUGAAAGAUUUAACUGUAGCGUUCCUUCGAACAAUUGAUCCUGGAUUUGAAUUUAUUUACCAUUUUAGCAGAUUUGGAUUUCAAACAUUUCGUCAACUAUUUCAAAAUAUAAUUACAAGUUUCGAAAACAUUCACUUCGUUCAAAAUACCCUGGUUUUUAUCAAAUCAUUAGUGAAAAAUUUAGAAAGAAACAUAAAUCUGAUCACCGAUUCAAUGGGAUUGGUACCAGUGGUUCUAGCCAAACGUAACAGUUACGAAAUUGUUAGAUACCAUUAUCCAGGUGGAUCGCAUUUUUUUGGACCUACCUGCCUAAAAUCAUUUGGAAACACUGCGGAAUUAAGAACCAUCGAGGGAUAUUCAUUUCCCCUACCAGUUGUGAGGGAAAAAUCCGGUUUCUAUCAACAAUACAAUCCGAAAACUGGUGAUAAAAUUGGUAAAUUAAAAAUGAAUUCGGAUAUUCUCCAAAGGGUUGGGAAUUUAAUAAACGAAAUGGUUAUCAAUGGAAGGGAUGUAAAUAUAAUUCGUAAUUAUCAUGUUUAUCAUAAUACGAUAAAGUGGAAUAAACCAAAGGAAGUAAAUCAGAUCGAAGGAUCAAAUUUAGAAUCACUUCAAAAUCCUCUAAAUACAGAUGAAAAUCCAGUUCAGAAUCAAAUUUCCGAGAUUCAAAUUACUUUACGUGGUAAUAUUGAAGGAAUUCCCUUGAAUUUUCCUCAAAUUGGAAACGUUGAAUUUACCGGUACUUUGAGGGGAAAUAUAGUUGAUCACAAUUUACUUGUUUCACAAUCCGAACUUCCGGGAACAUCAAGAGGUGUUGAAACAGAAUCCGUUUUACAAACAUUUGAUCCUCCUUUAGUUAAGGGAGAAUUUAACAAGAAUUUAAAAAGUCACACAUCGUCUCAGUCUCAACCUGAAAAUCCACUAAAUCCAAAACAACAAAAAUCCUUUAUGCCAAAUGAAAUAUUGGAUUUAACUGUUCCGCAUAGGAAACGGAAAUUAGAAACAGAAGAAACUUUUUCGUAUUAUCAUAAAAAAUUCAAUGCAAUGAAUUUCAAAAGAAAUGAAAAAGUUAAAAAUCAAGAAACAUAUUUACAAAAUUCAAAAAUUGAUUUAAAAAAAACAAAUGAAGAUUUUCAGGAGAAAAUACAAAAUUUUGAUAAUAUUCCUGGAAUUACGGAAAAAUUUAAAAAUGUCAAUCCUGAUUUUUAUAAAACUGUCAUUAGGGAACCAACCUAUACAAUAUAUACAGAUAUUCUGAUAGAAUUAAAAAAAAAUGGUUUAUUAAAUAUCAAAAAGGAAAAGGAGAAAUUAAAUUUAUUACAAACUGUUGUAAAUAAAUUGGCAAUAUUUCAAUUGGAUACAGGAAUUCCUCUAAAGAAACAAAUUAAACUUUGGUAUACUUCAACAGUAAUUGGACAAAGUAUAAUUAAUUCCAUAAGAAAUUUAAAAGGGAGAACAUUUUUUUUCAACGAUAUUACUUUAUUGAGAAAUAAACCACCAGGUCCUUUGACAACAAGAAGUAUAGUGCAUCAUCAUUUAGAAAUAGAAGUACGUUAUCAUUUAACAACAGAUUCGUCCUAUGGAUUUGUGGAUUUAACAAAUUUUCAUAAAUCAUUAAAACAUAAUUAUAUAACAUUUAGUGAUACAUUUUUUAUCGUAACUGAUACAUUUUUCACUGCUAAUAAUAAAGUUCUUAAUGUUCAAUUAAAAAAUUGUGAUAUGACAAAAAAUACCUGGCGACAAUUAAGAGAGAGGGAUAUUUAUUAUUUAUUAAAAAGUCAAGAAAUUAUUGGAACAAUGAGAAUGAAUAAAAUUACAAAAGCUGCUAAUUUUAUCACUGAAAAUGUACUAUUACAUACUAUUAGAACAUCAAAGGAAUUUCUUUCGAGUUACAUUUUGAAUAUAAAUCAGCAUUCGAUUUCGAAAUUAGUUCCCACUUACGAUAUGCUUGCUGAGGAUUUAAAAAAAUUGUCAUUUCUUGGAAAGUAUUCUAAUUGGAAAAUUGAUAAUCAUCGUUAUAUACAAGAUGUAUUGUUUAGACAAAAUUUAGAUGAAAUUAUCGAUUUAUCGGAAGCACGACAAAAAAUUCAUGUUAUUUAUGAUAAUAUUCAUAUUCAAAAUAUUGAAGAGGCAUUUGAAAAUUAUCGUAAAAUUGAAAAUGUUGAAUCGUAUUUACGAUUUGAAGAUUAUUAUGUUUUAUAUUCACACAUUAAAAAUAGAUUAUUAUUGAAUAAUGAUGGAAUGAGACGUUUGGAGGCUGCAAUUACACGACUUGGUCUAAGACAAUGUGAUGAUGAGAAAUUUAUUAUGAAAACAAUUAAACUCUAUCGUUUUGAAUUUAUUACUAAGGAAACGUCGGUAAAAUUUUUCGAAGUAUUGAAAAAAAAUGAUAAUAUUAUAUUUGAUAAAUUUAGAAAAUUUUCAUUACAUCGUGAUAUUGUUGAAGUUAAUUGUUUAAAUGAAGCUAGCAAAUCGUUAAGUAUUCCCAUAUUAAUGGAAAUUACAAUUGAAAAUCAAGCGGGCGUUGUUGAUGUUAGUCGUAUUAUUAAUGAAAAUUCUUUUUAUGCAGUUACAUCAAAUUUUGAAUAUAUAUUGGAUGAUGUUAGAUAUAAAAAAAUUCACAAUCAAAAUAUAUUAGUUAUAAAAAUGCACGAUAAUGGAAGUCCAAAAGAAAAACGAAUGGUUGAUAUGACAAAGAGGCUUAAUGAAUUAUUUGCGACUGAAACUAAAUUUUAUUCCGAUAUUAUUCGAAUUUUGGAUUAAUAUUUCAAUUAAUUAAAUAGAAAAAAUUAAAUAAUUACAAACAAUUAUAAUUUUAUUAUAAUGAAUAGAUAAAAUAUUUUUUUUUUAACAUUUAAAUCUAAUUAACGACCAUCUGAAAAUUAAUUUAAAUAUUGAAUGUUAAUUAUAUAAUUGUA